AUGCUGGAGGCGCUUGAGUACGUGGCUUUAGUCAGGUGUACCACACAACCUACCAGAGCCCUACGGACUGUACCACACAACCUGCCAGAGCCCUACGGACUGUACCACACAACCUGCCAGAGCCCCGCCCUACGGACUGUACCUCACAACCUGCCAGAGCCCCGCCCUACGGACUGUACCACACAUCCUGCCAGAGCCCCGCCCUACGGACUGUACCUCACAACCUGCCAGAGCCCCGCCCUACGGACUGUACCUCACAUCCUGCCAGAACCCCGCCCUACGGACUGUACCUCACAACCUGCCAGAGCCCCGCCCUACGGACUGUACCACACAUCCUGCCAGAACCCCGCCCUACGGACUGUACCUCACAUCCUGCCAGAGCCCCGCCCUACGGACUGUACCACACAUCCUGCCAGAGCCCCGCCCUACGGACUGUACCUCACAACCUGCCAGAGCCCCGCCCUACGGACUGUACCACACAUCCUGCCAGAGCCCCGCCCUACGGACUGUACCACACAACCUGCCAGAGCCCCGCCCUACGGACUGUACCACACAACCUGCCAGAACCCCGCCCUACGGACUGUACCUCACAACCUGCCAGAGCCCCGCUCCCUACGGACUGUACCACACAUCCUGCCAGAGCCCCGCCCUACGGACUUGUAUCGCCCCACAAAGACCCGGGAUUACGACAGUCACAUCUUUUGUCAGCCAGCUGCAGGGGCGUUGGCGCUACUGCAGUUCACGCCAUUGCAGGGUGAGCUGGGAUACGCCCAGGAGUGGCUGUCAUGGCAACAGCACACUGAAAAGUGA